AAUAUUUUGUUUUAUUAUUUUUUGUAAUAUUAGUAAUGGAACUUCAUCGAUUUUAGAGUCCAAUAAAGUACAUGAUAUUUUAAAAUUUUAUAGUCUUCAAUCAGAGGCCGAAUUAAGUGAUCUUUGUAAAAAGCAAAGUGAUAUUUAUUACAAAACAUUAAUAACUGAAAUAUCAACUCAAGGAACAUGGGCGAAAGAAAUGAUGGAUUCUUCAUCCAAAUUCCAAGCUGGAAUCUUCAUUGGAAAUGUAGUCGAUUUAGGGGCAUUUGAUGAAUGUUUAAGAAUUGAUAAUAAUAAGGAGCAUAUCAGGGGGAAAUAUUGUCUUACAAAAUUAGAAAUACCAUUGCUGCACAACAAAUCUUUGACUAGUAUGCAGAAUCUUUGGACCAAUUUGGAUGAUUUUAAUCGACCUGAAAAUUUUGCUUCGCGAGCACCUGAUUUUACACGACGGUGGUCAAUUUGUGUGCCAGAUGGAUGUACAGCUAAAGAUGUCCAAGAACAUUUAAACAGUUUAAAUCAAAAUUUUAAUUUUACUGUGCAAGAAAAAUACUGCCAGACAGUUGAAUCUCAGCCAAAACUGAACUUCGGUGAUUGGGUGACAAUGUAUGUUCAUUUUUAA